GACCGAGUAGCGGCGCUCAGUGCUUUCAGCCGGAGCGCAGCGCUCAUCCCGCGGACGGACUGUCCUCGAUCCUCGGCCAAUUUACACCAUAAUUGCCAGCAAACAGGCCGCCCCGCGCACACUAAACUAACGGCUUAUCUUCGCCCUCGGAGCGACACGAAGGAUUUUGAGAAAAGCGCUAAAUUUCGGGCCAGGUCUCGGCUCGAUCAUGUUUGGGAUUAAUUUUUGAGGUACUACGAUCUGAAGAUCACAUUUUUUUCCAGCGCGUGGAGCCUCAGAUCUGCACCGGGACGAAGCGGAGGGUUUCUGUUCUCGUCUCGUGCGCUGUCGAAACCAGAAAAGAGAGCAUGCGUGAGUAGCAGGUUUCUGUGGCUCCUCCCCUCAUCUGGAGCCCCUGCACUGUAGGACACGAGACCCCCUUGCUUCUCCUGCUCUAACCUCAGUUCAACAGGUGUGAAGAUGAGGAAGUUUGCGUACUGUAAGGUGGUGCUGGCCACCUCUCUAGUGUGGGUGAUGCUAGACAUGUUCAUCCUCCUCUACUUCAGCGAAUGCAACAAGUGUGACGAUAAAAAAGAGAGAGGAUUGCCGGGGAGAGACACUGUAGUUCAGAGGCCUCAUGACGGCCCCGGGGAGAUGGGCAAGCCAGUGGUCAUCCCUAAAGACCAGCAGGAGAAGAUGAAGGAAAUGUUUAAGAUAAACCAGUUUAACCUGAUGGCCAGCGAGAUGAUUGCGCUCAACCGAUCUUUACCGGACGUCCGGCUCGAGGGGUGUAAAACGAAGGUGUAUCCGGACGAUCUGCCGCGCACCAGUGUGGUGAUCGUGUUUCAUAAUGAAGCAUGGACCACACUGCUCCGGACAGUCCACAGUGUCAUUGACAGGUCACCCAGACACCUGCUGGAGGAGAUCGUCCUGGUGGAUGACGCCAGCGAGAGAGACUUCCUAAAGCGGCAGCUGGAGCAUUAUGUGCGGAAGUUGGAGGUUCCCGUGAGGGUGGUGCGAAUGGAGCAGCGCUCAGGCCUCAUUCGCGCUCGGUUGAAGGGGGCAUCAAUCUCCACAGGUCAGGUGAUCACCUUUCUGGAUGCCCACUGUGAGUGCACCACCGGCUGGCUCGAGCCCCUGCUCUCUCGCAUCAAACUUGACAAGAAAACCGUAGUGUGUCCCAUCAUUGACGUGAUCAGCGAUGACACGUUUGAGUACAUGGCAGGCUCUGAUAUGACAUAUGGUGGGUUCAACUGGAAGCUGAACUUCCGCUGGUAUCCUGUCCCACAGAGGGAGAUGGACCGCAGGAAAGGAGACCGAACGCUGCCUGUCAGGACCCCGACUAUGGCAGGUGGCCUCUUCUCCAUAGACAGAGAUUAUUUCCAGGAGAUCGGCACAUAUGAUGCAGGCAUGGACAUCUGGGGAGGAGAAAACCUGGAGAUCUCAUUUAGGAUUUGGCAGUGUGGCGGGACGCUUGAGAUUGUCACAUGUUCUCACGUCGGUCACGUGUUUCGUAAAGCGACGCCGUACACGUUCCCUGGUGGAACUGGGCAGAUCAUCAACAAGAACAACAGACGGCUGGCAGAGGUCUGGAUGGACGAGUUCAAGAACUUCUUCUACAUCAUCUCACCUGGUGUGACCAAAGUGGAUUAUGGAGACAUCUCAACCAGAACAUCCCUGAGACAGAGACUGCAAUGCAAGCCCUUCUCCUGGUACCUGGAAAAUGUCUACCCAGACUCACAGAUACCACGCCACUACUACUCACUGGGAGAGAUACGUAAUGUGGAGACUAACCAGUGUCUGGAUAACAUGGCCAGAAAAGAGAAUGAGAAAGUGGGCAUUUUCAACUGCCAUGGCAUGGGUGGCAACCAGGUUUUCUCAUACACAGCCAAUAAAGAGAUCCGAACUGAUGAUCUCUGUUUGGAUGUGUCCAAACUCAAUGGCCCGGUUAUGAUGCUUAAGUGCCAUCAUUUGAAAGGCAACCAGCUUUGGGAAUAUGACCCUGUGAAGCUGAGUCUGAUACACGUGAACAGUAAUCAGUGUUUGGAUAAGGCAUCUGAAGACGACAGUCAGGUGCCCAGUGUCAGGGACUGCAGCGGGGCCCGUUCACAGCAGUGGCUCCUCCGCAACGUCACACUGCCCGAGAUAUUCUGAGAUCACACACACAGACGGACAGAUGGAGAGACUCUCACAGCGUCGCUGAUGUAGAGAGCGCGAGAGAAAAAAAAACAAAAAACAAAACUGCUUUUCCUCUCAAUCCCAGUGGUCUGCCUUCAAAACGAUCUGAAAGAACAGAACCGCAUAUGUAUAUGAAUCUCCCAUCACUCCACCUUGCCGAGGACGACGAACGAAUGAUGGAGAGAGAGACUCGUGGAGAAAGAAACUUGAGUUUGAUGCCCUUAUCCUGCUCAUUCCUGGAGCAAGCGGGCAUUUUGGUUAUGUUUACGAGAACGCCUCCCUUUUAGAGUAUCAGCGUGUGUGUUAAUGUGUGUGUGAUGCGAAUGCGUGAGACGUCAGUCAUGUCUUCUUUUUUAUUUAAGUGUUUUUCAAGCCUUGUAGAAGUGAAGGGUAUUUAGCACAUGAAGGAAAGGCUGACGUGUGUCUGAGUGCAUGUGUGCAUGUGGGAUUUAAAGUGUGUCACAUAUCCAGUGGACGUUCCAGUGGUCUGUUAUCCGAUUGAAGCAGGGGCUCCCCCUACUGGCCACAGAUAUACACACACGCACACAUACUGACCUAUCAAUCUCCAUCUCAGCCAGUGGACUACCUGCAAUCCAUCACCUCAUUGAUUUAUCAUCAAUCAACAGGACGACUGAAAAUCUAGGAUGUUUCAUAUCAUCAUUGCUAAUGUCACUUUUUUUUACUAUUUGUUUUUUUGGAUUUUGGGUGCCACAUACAAGCACUUUUCACUUGUUUUGCUGUUUGUUUGUUUGUUUGUUUUUAUUUAGGACUUUAUGUCAAGUUUGUUUCUUAAAGGUAUGAUGGUAAUUUAAAUACACAAAAACCCUGAAUUGUUGCCUUCCUCCGGGUUUCCAGCCCUUCGGUCGACAUGGUUUAGCACUUGGGUUGAUCGAGAAUGGAUGGAUCAUAUUAUUUGUCAUAUCGUUCAACUGUACAAGGGCUCGGUCUCACUGUGUUCAUGUGCAAGAAAGAAGUCUUUCGUCUGAUAUCUUCUUUUCGUUUUGUUUACGCUCACUUUAAAUCUGAUUCUGUGUAGAAUUUGUUUAAUGCAUCAGUGUAUUCGGUGUCUGACAGUUGCAGCUCAACCCAUUUCAGCUGAUAUCUUCAAAUAGUCAGAUAGCCUAAAGAGAUUGUCACGCAUUUCAUUCUUCGGAUUUUAUUUUGAUGUGAACGGAGAUUUAAUUUCAGCUGUUAUUGCUGAAAACAAGAAAACCCAUUGUUUUGAGAUUUAUCGUGGAUUCAGGAAUCAGUUUUUGUUUCCCUUUUCAAUUCUUGACCCUGUCUAAAUACUUCAAAUGAUCUGUACUCUUUGGGUCCCGACCAUUAUUCGUGUCUCUUACUGUAUUUCUCAGCUGUAUUGAUAGAAAGUAUGACACCGUGUACCAAAAAUGAUUCAAAAUUGUAAGAUUUUUAGGUACUAACGUGUUCAGAAUGCAGAUUUUAAGAAGAUUUAACAGAUUCUAAAUUCUAAGAUGAAAAACAGACUCUAUAUUCUGCAGAAAAAUGAUUUUGCAUUAAGAUUUUAUAAUUUAAAGACUUUAAAAUGCAGAUCCUAGAUUCUAAAAAUAAUCUAAGAUUGUAAAUCAUGUGAUUCUACAAAUUAUUGUACAUUUUAAGACCGUAAAUGCAGAUGUUUGAUUUUUAAUACACACAUUAUACUUAUAUAAUUAUAUAAACCAUUUAGGAUUCUAGGUUUUUAUAAUAAUUCUACGUAAAGUAUGGCGAAGCUCUAAAUUCCUGAAUGCAGAUUCUAGGUUAUAAACUAUCUCGUUUGAUUCAAAGCGAUUGUAGAUUCUAAUAAAUAAGAGGGAAGUUUGACUGCAGAGAUUGGUCUUGUAAGUAUUUGGACAGGCCUCAAGAUCACGUGUAGAGAUGUGUGAGUGUGAAUCAGUGUGUGUGUUUCUAUUUGUCAAAGGGAUGUCUUUUGUUUUUGUCUUAUUUGUUGAACUGAUGAGGGUCUGGCCUGCUGAUUGGUGGGUUAGAAAGCCCUGUGUUGAGGUGAUCCACAGGCUGGAGAAAUAAACCACAGAAAGUUUACAGUCCA